AUGACUGCACCGGAAACAUCCACCACCAAAACAUCUACAACAACUGAAUCUUCUACAAUCACAACGACUGCACCUGAAACAUUCACCACUAGUGCAGCAGAAACAUCUACAACAACAGAGACUUCCACAGUCACAACGACUGCACCUGAAACAUCCACCACUAGUGCAGCAGAAACAUUUUCAACAACAGACACUUCCACAAUCACAAAGAAUGCACCUGAAACAUCCACCACUAGUGCAGGAGAAACAUCUACAACAACAGACACGUCCACAAUCACAACAACUGUACCUGUAACAUCCACCACUAGUGUAGCAGAAACAUCCACAACAACUGAGACAUCCACAAUUACAACAACUGCACCUGAAACAUCCACCACUAGUGCAGCAGAAACAUCUCCAACAACAGAGACUUCCACAAUCACAACAACUGCUCCUGAAACAUCCACCACUAGUGCAGCAGAAACAUCUACAACAACUUCCACAAUCACAACUGCUCUUGAAUCAUUCCUUAAACAUCCACCACUGCAGCAGAACACAUCUACAACAACUGAGACUUCCACAAUUACAACAACUGCACCAGAAACAUCCACCACCAGUGCAGAAGAAACGUCUACAACGACAGAGACCUCCACUAUCACAAUGACUGCACCGGAAACAUCCACCACCAGUGCAGCAGAAACAUCUACAACAACUGAGACUCCACAAUCACAACGAACUGCACCAGAAACAUCCACCACUAGUGCAGCAGAAAUAUCUACUACAACACUUCCACAAUCACAAAGACUCUCCUGA